CCCCAAUCUGAUCCUACCAUUGAUGCUGGUCCUCUUCGCUCACUUCUCACCUAGGCAGUACCCGAAAGGGCCACCUGGGGGCAGCAGAAACCAGGCUCUAAGCUCUGGCGGCAGGGUCUCACUGUGUAACCCAGGCUGGCCCCAAACUCAGGACCUUCCUGCCUCAGCCUCCCCAUGCUGAAACUGCAGAAGUGUUUCACUAUUCCCGCUCUCCCCAUGCCUCUCGUUAAUGAGUACCUUAAUGACCCGCGCGCGCCAUGGCCUCGGCCGCCUCCCGCCGCCACCGCCGCGAGCGCCGCUUCCGCCGCUACUUGUCCGCCGGCCGCCUGGCCCGGGCCCAGGCCCUCCUGCAGCGGCACCCCGGCCUGGACGUGGACGCCGGGCAGCCUCCGCCCCUGCACCGGGCCUGCGCCCGCCACGACGCGCCCGCCCUGUGCCUGCUGCUGCGCCUCGGGGCCGACCCGGCCCACCAGGACCGGCGCGGCGACACCGCGCUGCAUGCCGCCGCGCGCCAGGGCCCGGACGCCUACACAGCCUUCUUCCUGCCACUGCUGAGUCGCUGUCCCUCUGCCAUGGGAAUAAAGAACAAGGAUGGGGAGACCCCUGGACAACUUCUGGGCUGGGGGCCUCCCUGGGACUCUGAGGAAGAGGAGGAAGAGGAGGAAGCGUCCAAGGAGCAGGAAUGGAGGCAGAAGUUGCAGGGCGAGCUGGAGGACGAGUGGCAGGAGGUCAUCGGGAGGUUUGAAGAUGAUGCUUCCUGGGACCCCCGGGACCCUGAGUCCUUCUCAGCCUGGUCGGAUCGCCUGGCGCGGGAACACGCCCGGAAGCAGCAGCAGCAGCGGGCAGCGCCGCCCUGCAGGCCCCCGCGGGCCGAGGGCGCCAGGCACACCUGGCGCCAGGUCGAGGAGGAGCAGCGCCUUUUCCAAGAGCGGGCCCGGGCCAAGGAGGCCGAGCUGCGCCUGAGCCGGGCCAGAAGGGCGCGGGAGGCCGGCGGGGAUCAAGGACGAGGCCCGGAGCGGGCCGGGCUAGGAGGCGUGCAGCGGAGCAGCCUGUGGCGCUUUGGGGACGUGCCCUGGCCCUGCCCCGGCGGGGGCGACCCGGAGGCCAUGGCCGCAGCGCUGGUGGCCAGGGGCCCCCCCUCGGAGGAGCGGGGCGCCCUGCGACGGUACCUGCGGGUCCAGCAGGUCCGCUGGCACCCCGACCGCUUCCUGCAGCGAUUCCGGAGCCAGAUCGAGACCCAGGAGCUGGGCCGCGUGAUGGGGGCCGUGACGGCGCUGUCUCAGGCACUGAAUCGCCACGCCGAGGCCCUCAAGUGACCCCGGGGGUGCAGCAAGGACGCCAGGUCGGGGAUGGGGCCGGAGAGGGACAGGCAGUGCCGCGGGUGGGGCGGAACUGCAGCGGUGGCGGUGCAGCUGCGUGGGCCUCUGCCUGCCACGCAACUCCGCCGUUUCCAAGUGAGACCGCUCGGAGCAGCCUCGCUCCCGGCUCCUCUGCCUGUUUCCACUGCUAUGGUUUUCACCGCCCAUGACAUCGCCUUCCCCACCCUCCUGCCGAAAGCCGCAGCUCCUACACACCGGUCUGGGAUGUCAUGCACAGGGCCAGCCCCGUGGGCCCUGGGCCUGGGUGGGCUCCGCCUCGCCCUGCCCUGCUCUGCCCUGCUGGGUGGGGGUCCUGCCCACCCCACAGUCUGCAGCCGCAGGAGUGAGAGGUGGGAACAGAGGCAAAAGGGGAACAGAACCAAUUUCCCGCCCACCCCUCGCUGCCCAAGCAGAACCACAUCCUCCUCCCCGCCUAACACCCGGUCCCCCAACACAGGGCUUCCCCUUUGCUGAGUCACUGAAUGAGCCAAGUUGGGGGGCCGCUGGUGUCCGGGGGGAUCAUAAGGCUGCGGAGGACAGGAUAGAAGUGGCAGGGAUGGAGGAAGAGCCCUUCGGGGAGCAGAAUUUCAGUGGCUAAAAUUAGCAUGGGGAAGGAGGAGGAAAAGGCCAGAUUAUGUAACCCGGGUUAUCUGGUCUUAGGCAACCAGAGGUCCGCACCCUCGUGGGGCUGCUCAGCCCGCCUCCACCUCCAUGGUGCCACCGGCCAGGCCCCAGCUCCUCCACCACCCCUGCCAUCCUGAAUGGGGCCUCCCCUCAGGGCAGCCCAGACUCAGCUCUGAGACAGACAUCGCCUUUCCCAGGAACUGGGACUGAAGGCCUGGGGUUCCGUGGAAGGGAGGAGGAAGCAUGCGGCUCAGACCUGGAAGCAGCUCGGAGACUGUAGACAUAGCCCUGCUGCUGUUCCCCUGGGUACAGCAGGGCUCAGAGCAGGCUGAGGGGCAGGUGCUGUGCCUCAGGUCAGAGGAGCCCCGUAGUCACCACGCUCGGGCCAGAGCAGGCCACCCUGCGGGGGCAACUGAUGAGGGACAGGAAGGGCAGCCUGUAGUUAAGGAGGGGACCAGGCAGACAGGAGCAUGGGGGCGCUGGGGAAAAGGGCCUGUGAGAGGAAGCUGCUGUGAUUCAGAGAAGACGCUUCACACUGUGAGCAGCCCAGUCCAUCCGGUUCCUCUAGCAGGCGGGAGAUUUCGGAAGUGGCAUGCAAAGAGCCCCGGCGUGGCACACUAGGGGGUUAGGGUUCAGAUCCCUGAGCCAGGUGGGGGUUGAGUGAGAAGUAAGUGGCAGAAAACGGGUCCCCAGCUCACUCCUCCACCCAGGCUCUCCUAGGUCUUGGUUACAUAAUUUCCCAUUCUGCAAGAGUUAUAUAAAACCAAAGUAAGUGAGGCCUUGGUGCCUGGGCCCCCAGACCUCCGUCUUCUCAACGUCCUCCCUGGUGUCUGGCCCCCAGCCCCGAUGGGGGUUCCCCUGAGAUAAAGGCUGCUCACUUUCUCUGACCACACA